AUGUUCUAUGCUCUUGUUUUAGGCCCUCCUGUGUAUAGUACACCAACUGUUAUUCCAGUAUCUGGUCUUUCUAAUUCCAGAAUGGAGAUAAAUAAUUACUUUACGCCAGUUACACUUCAUCCAUUAACAAGGAAUAAGAGGACCUUGGAGGCUGUCAUCGAAGCCCCAGCAGCAGCAAAGAGAACUCGCAACAAAUCAACUUCUAGGAAGUUAACAACCCAGGGAACCGAAAAGCUGCCAGAGUAUGAUAAUGUUAUGAAUAGACAAGUAGCUGGUCAGUCAAGUCCUUUAAAUCAAUCAACACCUCCCAGUUGCACGGCCAAUGAAUCAACAAUACACGUAUCUGGUGUUGCCAAGUUUUUGUUCAAUCAGCCACAGCUAUCCCCUCCAACUAAAUCUUCAGGUCCUAAGACACCCCACAAGCAGUUUCCCCUCAGAGUGAUAAAUCAAUGA